CGUGAUUGCGCGUUCGUUCAAUUUUAGCUUUUCACUAACCUAUAAAAUUUUGAUAACUUAUAAAUUCAGAAAUAUGUUUAUGUAAUUUAUACAUGAACAUAUAUUUCUCUUUUAAACAGACUGUCAUUUUAAGAUAUACAACUUAUAACCUAUUAAUAUAUGUAUUAUGUUGUAUUGUAAUCCUGCCAUAUUUCAUCAUUGAAAUUUCUGCAUUAUCAAAUGUCUCUACCGAUAAUGUAAAUAAACGAUAAGGAUGCAUUUUUUGAGCAAUUUCUCUCUUGUUAAAUAUCACAGGAAACAAUUUGCAAGACGUUUUAGCAUUAUGGCAAAUCCAUUAGUUGCAGUGUGUCAAAUGACAUCAACAAAUGAUAAAGAAAAGAAUUUACAAACUGUACGUGAACUUGUUGAAAAGGCAAAGUCUAGGGCAGCUUGUAUCGCAUUUUUUCCUGAAGCAUGUGAUUAUUUAACAGAUAAUAAGAAAGAUACAAUAGCCAUGGCUCAACCUUUGAAUGGUUCAAUAGUAUCAAGCUACAAAGAAAUUGCUAAAGCAAAUAAGAUUUGGUUAUCAUUAGGUGGAUUACACGAAGCAUUAGAUAACAAUGAAAACCAUAUAAGUAACACACACAUUGUAAUAAAUAGUGAAGGGGAAAUAGCCAGUAGUUAUCGUAAAAUGCAUUUAUUCGAUAUGGAUAAUAAAACUACUGGUGUGAGAUUGAUGGAAUCAGAUUAUGUUUUAGCAGGGCAAAAGAUUGAACCACCUAUAACAACACCAAUUGGCAAGUUAGGACUCAGUAUUUGCUACGAUAUGCGUUUUCCUGAGUUAUCUCUUUCACUAAGAAAUAUGGGAGCAGAAAUUCUCACAUAUCCAUCAGCAUUUACGUACCAAACAGGUGCUGCACAUUGGGAAGUAUUAUUGCGAGCAAGAGCUAUAGAAACACAAUGUUAUGUCAUAGCGGCAGCUCAAACUGGUACACACAACAAAAAGAGAGUGAGCUGGGGUCAUGCAAUGGUUAUUGAUCCAUGGGGAACCAUAAUAGCACAAUGUAGUGAAAAACCUGACAUGAUUUUAGCAGAAAUUGAUUUAGAUUUAUUAAAACAAGUUCGGCAAAAUAUGCCGUGUGAAAAUCAUCGUCGAACAGAUUUAUAUCCUAAAGUAAAACCCUUGUAAUUUAAAUAAUAAUGUAUAUAUGCAAUUGUAUAUGUAAUUGUAUUAAACCUUAAUUAUUUUUUUUAUAUAAUCAAAUGAUUGUAUCUAGUAUUUAAGUAAAAUAACAAAUGUAAAAAGACAUUUAUAUGGAUAUUUAUAUAUAGAUAUUUCACAUUUCCACUACUGUAAAUGAAGUAAAAUGUUAAUAAAAAUAUCAUGUAAUAUGUAUUUUGAA